ACGAACCGCGAAGAUGUAACUCUCGUAGGCACCCAAGCCAAACUAUAUCACUACACAACACGUAGGACAAACAAAGAGCAACAUGGAAGGGAGGGCGAACGACAGAGAAAGGCCAAGAAAUCGCAAGGGAAACAUACAGGCACCGUAUCAACAGACUCAAGAGAGAUAGAAUGUGGUAGCAAUACCAGGAGACGUGACGAGCCGAAGGACCGGAUGUCGGACACAAUUGCCCCCCGAGGAAGAUACUUCCUCUAUGCUCCUCAUGCUAGUCAUUACCCGCUUCUGCCUACAAUAACCAGAACAAGCCACACACAGGACUUAGGACACAACAAGCAGCACAGAACCU